CCCGGGGCGGCGCGGCGGCGGGCAGGCGGCGCUGGGGAGGGCCCUGCCCGCCGGGCGCGGAGGCCGCGGGAGCGGUGAGGCCGCGGGGCUGUGGCUGCGGCCGCCGGGCCCCGCCGCGCCUCGGAGGCGGUCGCCGCCGGCGGGAUGGCCCUUGUGCCCUACGAGGAGGGAGCUGGCUGGGGAGCGCGGCAGCUGCACAGCCCCUCGGCCACCCACCGCUUCGCCAGCCGCACCAUCCGCCUCAGGCAGGACUGGCGGCGGCUGGGGGUGGCGGCCGUGGUCUGGGAUGCGGCUGUUGUCCUGUGUACUUAUCUGGAGAUGGGAGGCAUCGAUGUCAGGGAUCGGUCUGUGAUUGAGCUGGGAGCUGGAACCGGAUUGGUGGGAAUAGUGGCCACGUUAUUAGGUGCUCAUGUUACCAUCACAGACAGGGCGGCAGCACUGGAGUUUCUGGAGUCAAAUGUACAGGCUAACUUACCCUCUGAACUACGUCCGAGAGCUGUGGUGAAGGAGCUGACCUGGGGAAAAGACCUGGCUAACUUCCCUCCAGGAACGUUUGACUUCAUCCUGGGUGCAGACAUCGUUUAUCUGGAAGAAACCUUUGCAGAACUGCUUCAGACGCUGGAGCACCUGUGCUCAGCUCAAACUGUGAUUCUUCUUUCCUGUCGUAUCCGCUAUGAACGGGAUCACAAGUUCUUAAAGAUGCUGAGAAGCCGUUUCUCUGUAUAUGAGGUCCACUAUGAUUCCAGUAAAGAUGUUCAUAUCUACAAAGCACAGCAGGGUAGUUGCAAGGAUGACUUUUGACUCUAUGCUUUGUUAGUAAACCACUGAUGCUGUUCAGUCCUCCCCUUGUUUUACUCAAUACACUUGUUCCUAAGCAUAUAA